ACAUUCAGGCCGAUCUCCCACCCAUGUUCCUCUGAUGUACACUCCUCCCUGGGAACGGUCAUACCUCCGUACUCCUCUCCUGUACAUACCAUCACUGUCAUACCUCCGUACUCCUCUCCUGUACAUACCCAUCACUGUCAUACUCCGUACUCCUCUCCUGUACAUACCCAUCACUGUCAUACCUCCACACUCCUCUCCUGUACAUACCCAUCACUGUCAUACCUCCGUACUCCUCUCCUGUACAUACCGAUCACUGUCAUACCUCCGUAUUCCUCUCCUGUACAUACCGAUCACUGUCAUACCUCCGUAUUCCUCUCCUGUACAUACCGAUCACUGUCACACCUCCGUACUCCUCUCCUGUACAUACCCAUCACUGUCAUACCUCCACACUCCUCUCCUGUACGUACCCAUCACUGUCAUACCUCCACACUCCUCUCCUGUACGUACCCAUCACUGUCAUACCUCCACACUCCUCUCCUGUACGUACCCAUCACUGUCAUACUUCCGUACUCCUCUCCUGUAAUGUACCGAUCACUGUCAUACCUCCGUACUCCUCUCCUGUACGUACCGAUCACUGUCAUACCCCCUGCACUCCUCUCCUGUACACAACAGAUCACUGUCAUACCUCCACACUCCUCUCCUGUACAUACCUAUCACUGUCAUACCCCCCACACUCCUCUCCUGUACGUAUCGAUCACUGUCAUACCUCCACACUCCUCUCCUGUACACACCGAUCACUGUCAUACCUCCGUACUCCUCUCCUGUAUGUA